UUCCAGAGAGUCGAAGGAGGCAAGUCUUAUCCACCCUGCGCCGGUCCCCGCUUGGCAAUCAUUAAUCCCAGAUUUUUCACAUUCCUGGGCACUGGCGUGAUACGGGAAAAUGAUCAACGGAGGAGAAGGAAGCGGGGAUCCUCCACCGGCAAUGCAGCUGGCCGGCAGGUUGGCCCUUUCGGUUGCGGGACUGCUUUUGCUGACUUUGGCAUACAAGUACUAUCGGUCUCGGGGGUCUGCCAGCACCCUGGGAGGUGGUCAUGCCGGAACAGGCGCUGUCAAGGAAACAGGGCCAAAAGAGCAGCCGGCAUGUGACGGGGCGGACAGAGAGACAGCGGGCCAGGAGCUGAGGCACAGGCGUAUCUCUGGCAAAGGGGUAAAGGAGAACGGCGGGCCAGCCAAUCCAAACAUGCACCUGGGCAGUCCUGCUGCCAUGGUAAAGUCCACACUGCAGUAUACACCUGUCGGCAGAGAGGUGACGUUUCUGAAUGGGAAAGAAGAGAAGGAGGAGGAGGGAAAGCAAAGAAAAGAAAUUAAUCAUCAAGGGACUGGAUUGCAACCAGACAAAAAGCACUCACUGCCCGAGACGGAGGGGGAGGCGGCAAAGGAAGAAGAAACUGCAGGUACAGUUCUGAGCAACGCAGGUGGGGCUGGGACGGCGGACGGGGUUGCUGCGACGCAGCCAAGAGGGAGGCCAGCUUCUCCAGGUCUGCCGAGCGAGGGCUGGGACAGCGGCGCUUCUCACAGUAACCACAAGGGGCCUAGUCUGAAAGAUGACCUUUGCCCCCAUCCUGGAGACCAGCAAAUAGGGCAGGAUCCUACAGAUUGGAACAGACCCCCCUCAGAAAAAACGGUGGGGCAGGUGUUGCGAGAAGGCAUGAAUCAAAAUUUAGCGCAGAUGCAAGGAGCCCAGGUGGGGCGGGAGACCAUCCAGUCGUUCCAAGCAACUUCUGACAUGGGCCUGGCUAUAAACCAGUACAACAGACAGUCCACCACUGCCUAUACCUUCUCCUCUGUGGCAAAGGUCCAAGUAGAAGAGAACAUCAUCCAAGAGAGGCCAAAAGGAGUGAGUUGUGGACAGCCGUCUUCACCGGAGGCCAGCUUGCGGGGCAAAGUCUACAACUACUAUGUGCAGUCCAUCUCAAAGUCAGUGUUGAAUGAAACAUCCUCCCAUAAGACUGCAGCCACCCAAACAUUCUGCAGCCCAUCUAGCAGUGGCCUGUCCGGUGAGCUGGAGGCACUCCCGUGUCCAGUGACAGCCCAGAAUUUGACAACAGAAGAACAGGAGAGCAGCACUACUUUUAAGGAAGGCCCAGCCCCAGUUCCUAGUGCACUGUUCCCACAAGAUAAUGCAAACAUCAUGCAACAUGUAGACCAGGAAGAGACUGCUGAAGACACAGCUGGCCACCAGAAGCCUCCAGAGAUAGGGCGUGGCUUCAGUCGGAAGGAGAGUUUCCAUAAGAUUGCAGAAAACCCAGAGCUUCAGGUACAGAUGGAGGGAUUUGGUUCUCCAACACCUGAGAAAUCAGACUGUGGCAUUCCCGAUAUCAGUCCCACCCACUCCCAUCCGGUUUCUUCCCUGGCCGGGUCUAUGCCAAUCCUCCAGGCAGACAAGACUGUAGAGCCCACCGUGAAACUUGUGGCUGGUGCCAAGUUCUUCAACAUCCCGCUGGACUCGGAGUCCUCCAUAGACAUCCACUUGGAUCUAGGGAACUGCUAUGAAGUUUUGUGUAUGGCCAAGAAGCAGAAAUUGGAGAAGGUCCAGGAAGCAGUUUAUAAGGUCAUGAGUGAGAAUUACCUCCAAGUGCUCCGAACCCAUGCGAUUUACGGGCGCCUCAAUGCAUUGGAGAGGGACCUGAUCCUGCAGAGAAGGUUGCGGGGCAAGAAGUAUGUGGCUGUCGCGGAUGUCAGCUCACAGGAUCGCAGUCACGGCACAAGCAGACUGUGUUACUACGAUGACCAGAGCGACACUUGGCACCCGCUAACAUACGUGCCUACGGAAGCUGUCUCCAGGGGUUGCGCCGUGUGCAGCAUGUUCAACUAUCUCUUUGUGGUGGCUGGCUGCGAAGGCCGAGGGAAGAGCCAGAAACCUUCCAAUCGGGUCUUCUGCUACAACCCACUGACCAACAUCUGGCGAGAGAUCUGUCCUCUGAAUCAAGCUAGGCCCCACUGUAAGCUAGUAGCCCUAGAUGGCUGCCUCUAUGCCAUUGGGGGAGAAUGCCUUUACACCGUUGAGCGCUAUGACCCCCGGAUGGAUCGCUGGACUUUUGCAGCCCCAUUGCCCAAUGACACCUUUGCUGUGGCCCACACCGCCACUGUGUGUGAUGGGGAGAUCUACGUGACAGGGGGUACAUUGCGGUACAUGCUAUUGAGGUACAUCAGCCGGUCAGACGCCUGGAAGGUCAGCUUGACCGGAGGGAGCAAGGACAGGACCACAGAGAUGGUGACCUCCAGCGGUUUCAUCUACCGCUUUGACUUGAAUCGCAGCAUGGGCAUCAGCGUCUACCGCUGCAGCGCCAAGGCGAAGCUCUGGUACGAGUGUGCCACCCACCCCAUGCCUUUCCCAGCUUGCUUUCAGUGUACCGUUGUAGAUAAUCUGGUGUACUGCAUCAGCCGGCAGUUCAAUAUCCGCUUCUUCACAGAUUAUGUCUCGCCGCGGUUUGGGACCAAGGAAUUACAAAAUUUCCCUUCCCCGAGAGGGACCCUUUUCCCCGUGACGCUCGUGCUGCCUGACAGAGGGGCGGCACAAACGAGGGUCUGACGGCAGCAGCGGAGUCCGCUGGGGGGUCCUGAGGAGGCAAAGCCAGCUAAUUCCACGGGUUCUGUACUGACAGUCUCCUCCUGCUAGCUGAUUUCCACGCAUCUGUCAAGGGAGAUGGAGCUACAAGCGGGUUGGCAGCGUCUGUUUAUUUUGAGAUACUUAAAUCCUUGUAAAUUUGCAUGCAAAUUAAACGCAGCCUUUGGGGUCUUGGACAGUCGCCAAUACAGGCCUUGUUAGUGCAAACUUAGGCAAACUCUGCCUAGGCUGGAUGGCAUAUGAUACUGCCACACGUCGUCAUGGUCUGGAAUGCUGUCGAUGCCUCGUGCAUAGUUUUUAAAUCCUCUGCCCUCUGGCACCCUGCUUUGAAAUACAACCUCUGGGUCUGAUUUGCAGAAACCCCCACCCUGACCCACCCCCAGAUUCCAGAUCAGGACGAGGCUUUUGGACUCUUCAGUGACAUCUCUGAGUUCCUGGGUGGGUAUAAGGAAGGGCCCCUCCCCUCAAUUCAUUUUGUUGGAGGGGACAUAUUCACACUGACUGGUAAGAACAUGUGUAGAGUAUCUUUCCUUCCACCUGCAUAACCAAACCCUGCUCAAUAUAUUGGGAAUUGUCCAGGUUGCGUUGGUCUUAUAGAUCUUUGUGUGUGUGUGUGUGUGCGCGUGCGUGUGCGUGCGUGUGCGCGUGUGUGUGUGAGUGUGACUUUCUUGAGCCGUCCUUCCAGGAAUUACAACCUGCACUAGAUUAAAAAGGAGAUCUGUUUAAAUGACCUGCCAUGCAGGGACAGGCAUAAUUAAUUAAUGCUUCUUAAAUCUGAAGUCCCCACAUAAAGGCCUGGAAAACUCAUUUAUUAAUGCUUUUGUUUUCAUCAUCAAUAGUACAAGCUUGAAAGAUUUGCAGGCAGAGAUUAGGCUGCCUAGUUGAAAUCGAUAUCUGGAGUUCUGCCGUACUUCUUAGAGCGCUCGGUCCCUUCUUUGCCUGGAAAAUCUGCCCUCCUGGUCUGUUCAAACUCAUUCCAUCCUAACUACUGAAUGAAGUUUUCCAUAGACCUUUCAGUUGCAUAUAGAACAUGUAGUGUUUGACCAUGUUCUAUCCCUGACAGUCUGUCUCCACCAAUAGGAAGUCUGCUUGCUUCCCCAUGAGACCUCAGCAGCUCACCCAGUGGUUGGGGUGGGAACUGCAAGGUUUUAUAACCUUUUUAAAAAACCUAUCAAGUAGCAGCAUAUUUAUAGCAAUUUUGUUGGUUUUUCAAGGCCAGAGAUUUGCAGAGGCGUGCUGCCAUUGCCUGUCUCUGCAUAGCUGCUGUGGAAUUUCUUGGUGGUCUCCCAUUCAAAUACCGACCAAAGCCAACCCUGCUUAGCUUCAGAGAUCUGACAAGAUUGGGCUAGGCUGGGCCACCCAGGUCCAGGUGUGUCAACUAUUACCUGUAUCGAAUCCCUUAACUGUUUUUCAGAGUUUGACUGUGAAAAUAAAACCAAUAGCAACAAAA